AUGGAGCCCGUUGACGCCGAACGCGCGCGACAGCUGUCGCUCUUCCGGCCCUUAGGCGUCUCAUACUACUCCAGUUCUGUCGUCGUGCGGCCCGAGCACUAUGAGGAGCUCAUCCACCGCGGAUGGCGACGAUCAGGCAAGCUCUACUACAAGCAGAACCUGCAACGAUCAUGCUGCCCGCACUACACGAUGAGGCUGGAGGCGCAGGCCUUCCAGCCCCGUCGUGACCAGCGCAAGGCCGUCAAUCGCUGGAACAAGUUCAUUCUGGGGGCAGAGUAUAUCCGCAAGGCUGCUCGGCUCUGUCCUCGGUCUCGAGAGGAAAAGCGGCACCGGAAGUGUAACUUCGACCUGCAGGCCGCCGUGCACGAGGCCGAGUACAGUCAGGUCAAGCGCCCCAUUGAUCCCGUCACUCAACGCCCCCUGGAGCCGGCGCACAAGUUCGAGGUCAAUAUCGAGGGUGACUCGGUCUCGCAGGCAAAGUUCGACCUGUUUGUCAAGUACCAGACCACGAUUCAUAAAGAAGAUGUGUCCCGCUGGAAGACCAAGGACUUUGAAGGGUUCUUGUGCUCGGGUAUCAAACGGUCUCCGAAUCCCAUCACGAACUCCAACGCUUCCCAGAAGAAACUGGGAUCAUGGCACCAGUGCUAUCGGCUGGAUGGGAAGCUGAUUGCCGUUGCGGUCCUCGAUCUGGUCCCGAGUGGAGUGAGCUCGGUGUAUAUCUUCUACGACCCUGACUACGAGCAAUGGGAAUUCGGCAAGCUGAGUGCUCUGCGCGAAAUCGCCUUCGCGCAAGAGAACGAUUAUUCGUACUACUACAUGGGUUUCUACAUCCACAGCUGCGUGAAGAUGCGCUACAAGGGCCACUUCAGACCCCAGUAUAUUCUCGACCCGGAAUCGUACGACUGGGACCCACUCGAUGGUGAGCUAUCUAAGAAGCUUGACACCCAGCCCUAUGUCUCCAUGUCCCGAGAACGGUCUCCCCAAAAUGCAAAGGAAUUCCCUGCCAUUGAUCCUGACGUGGACGAAACGGAACUUUCCCUCUUCGACAUCAACAUGCCGGGUGUCUUAACCCUGGAGGAGGUGAAAGCCUUGGAUCUGGACCACUGGCAUCUGCUGUACCAUGGCUCCUUCGUUCAGAUGGAGGACCUCGUCGGGUGGGACCAAAUGCCCAUGGAUAGCCCACAAUCGCUGAAGGGCAUCAUUGCUGAACUUGCCGCGGUGCUCGGUCCAAAACUAGUCAAGGACAGCGCGGUAGUGCUAUUCGAUUGA